AUGAAGCUCAGAGAUGAGAUCAAUGAGCUCAAAUCAUGGGCAUCUUCUUCUAAACCCGAUAACCACCGCACCUCAGCCUGGCUCUGUGAGGGCUUGAGCCAGCUCACGAAUGUCCAAGAAUCCCUGGAUGAUCUCCUUCAGCUCCCUCAGGCUCGCGAAUCUUUGUGCCCCAACCAUGAUUUGAUAGAAAAGUUUCUAGACGACUUUCUGAGCUUGGUCGAUGUUUAUGGGAUUUUCCAAACAUUGCUUUUAACGUUAAAACAAGAGCAUUUGGCGGCACAGGUGGCUGUAAGAAAAAGAGAUGAUUCUAAGACAGCUUUAUACUUCAAAAAUUUGAAAAAAGUUGCUAAAGAUUUCGGCCAGCUCGAGUCCUCCGUCCAGUCCAUUGCCGGUCGACAAUUAGUCAUAUUAUCCCCACCAGCGCCAGCAGCUGCUGAGGAAGAUGCUGAGAUUGCUCGAGUUCUCAGGGACGCCAUCCAGGUUACGGCUUCCAUUUCGGUUGUACUUUUCAAUGGGCUCUCGGUUUCCUUGGCAUUUCGGAAACCAUCAUGUUUAGGCUUGAUCAGCUUGGUGAAGAGUAGCAAAAAAAUAGCUAUCGUUAAAGGCGGCAUUCAAGAAUUUCAACAAGUUAGUUUUCAGAACUUAUGGGGAUUGCAAAGAAAGGGUGAAGAGGAGUUGAAAUUGACGUUAAAGAUAAUGCAUGAAUUGGAGGAUUGUAUCCGUGGGAUUGGAGCGGUGGGGAGAGAGUGUUUAGGAGUUUAA